UCAUUGUAGGUUGACCUUAUUGCUUAUCUUGAGUGGUUGGGGAGGGCCAGGAGGAGAGAAGCCAGCAAGUAAGCAAGACACUUUCCCAGUUGAAGUCGGGGUGCUGGAGGAGUGUGGAGUAGAGGAAGCUUCUGAAGAUCUUACCUUUUUUUUUCUAGACGAUAUUUCUAUUCAUCAAGGCUACUUUUACUCAUCAAGGCUACUCUGAUAUCAUCAAGUGUAUACAUCAACAGGAAGUUUUCUCAGGAGCAACAGUGAUUGACGGACUCAGGGAUGUAGUGAGAAGUCAAGGUGCACUGUACGCCUUGUAAGAAGGUGAGCAGUGAGACAUGCAUACACGGAUCUCCUUCCAGCCAGCCACGAGGCUGACAAACACUGGUGCCAUACAACUCCUCAGUCUCCUUCUGCUGCUCCCAUACACACGGGUCACUGGCACCAUCUUUGAAGAUCUGUUGCAAAAACAUGCUGAAUAUAAAGAAAACUGUACCAGAACCCUGGCAGCCACCCAACAUACUGUAACUGGAAUAUACUGCAAUGGGACAUUAGACCUUUUUGCCUGUUGGCCAUAUUCAUCUCCCGGGAAUAUAUCAGUGCCCUGUCCCUCAUAUUUACCAUGGAUUAAGGAAGGUUUUCCAGGGAAAGUUUAUAAAAUAUGUACUGCUAAUGGAACCUGGGAAACAGAAGAGAAUUCCAGCACUGUCUGGCAGGAUAAGUCUGAAUGUAUAGACCCAGGCUUUUUUAAAAAUAAGGAAGAUGAAGCAUUUCAACAUUCAGUCUUGAGGGUCCUCUCCAUAGUUGGCUACACGUUGACCUUGUCCAGUCUGAUUCUAGCUAUGAUUAUUAUGGCAUUUUUGAGGAAGCUUCACUGUACUAGGAACUAUAUCCACAUGAACCUCUUUGUGUCGUUCAUGCUUAGAGCUAUGGCAGUCAUUACCAAAGAAAUCGUAAUCUACAUCACACGCUCCAACAAGCCCAACGAUGAAGCUGGAUGGAACAACUAUCUGGAUUCUACAAAAGCCCUGCUGUGUAAAGCCGCUGAGGUAGCAAUGCAGUAUUUUGUGGCCUGUAAUUACUUAUGGCUCCUGUUGGAGGCGAUCUUCCUUCACACUCUACUCUUUACUGCUGUGUUGACCAAGCGGCGGCUCCUGAAGAGAUACAUGCUGGUAGGAUGGGGGACUCCAUUUCUGUUUGUGAUACCUUGGACUGUGGCUAAAGCUCUGUAUGAAAAUAAAGGUUGCUGGGUCAUCACUAACAGAUGGAUCUGGUGGAUUAUUAGAGCUCCAAUUACACUGUCAGUUUUUGUUAUUUUCUGUAUAUUUCUCAGGAUCAUAAAACUCCUGCUGUCAAAAUUACAAGCUGAUCAAUUAAGGUUUACGGACUACAGAUACAGUUUAGCAAGAGCAAUACUGGUGUUGAUUCCAUUGCUUGGGAUCCAUGAAAUCCUGUUCAUAAUCUUAAUAGACGAAACUAUUGAGGGAAGUCAUCGAUAUGUGCGAAAUUUCAUCAAUUUAACUCUGAGCUCUUUCCAGGGAUUCUUGGUUGCUGUUCUGUACUGUUUUGCCAAUGGAGAGGUCCGUGCUGAGUUGAAGAACAGGUGGCACGUGUUUGUCUCCAACCGCUUGGAGGAUCACAACUGCUUUGCACGCAUGCACCCCAAAUACUUAUGGAAAAAGUCAUUGAAUGGGAAAAGACACCCCUCGGAUCACAGUGACUCAUAUGAAGAGCGAAGCCAUGCUCCCACACAGACCCAGCUCACUCAGGUGACCAUCCAAUCAGGGGUAGAAUUGUCCUCUGGACAGUGUACAAGUCUGGAGUUUUACACAAGGAAGCGUCUGUCCAGCAGUGAUGGGGACAUGACUUUGGGUGAGACCAUGGAGGAGAUUCUAGAGGAGAGUCAUUUUUAACUUUCGUUGCCCUUGACUUCUUCAUAGGCCAGAAGUGCUGGUGAAUUUUUGUAUAAACACUGAUGGUUUUCAGCAGCAGCAGAUGUAGUCAUCCCAGCAUAUUAAUGAAAGAGUCUAUAUUAUUGCCAUUUCUUGGAACAGAUACACUUCCAUUUUAUCAGCUGCUUCAAUAUAAGCCUUCAGGUAAAAGCACUUAACUUACAAUGCUCUGUUGCUGAACUUUUCUUAAGGGAUAUGUACAAACCUGCAUAAAUAUUAUAGUUGUAGAUACUGUAUGUCAAGUAACCUAAAACAACCAGUCUUAAGUUCUGUUUCUCUGAUUUAAAGGAUGCCAUGUAAUGUAAAUAUGAUGUGACUUGCCUACCUAUCAAAAUGCUACUUUUUAAAACCUGCUGUUCAGUUUAUUGCAUGUACAGAAGCACUUUAUCUUCAGUUCUUUUUGGUGAUCAAAAAAAGAUUAAGUUUAAUUAAUUACAUUAAUUACUUAAUUAAUUACGUUAAAUAA